UUCGAGGAGUGUCUGAAGGACUCGCCCCGCUUCAGGGCUGCUUUGGAAGAAGUAGAAGGAGAUGUGGCAGAAUUGGAACUGAAACUUGAUAAGCUUGUGAAGCUAUGUAUUGCAAUGAUUGAUACUGGAAAAGCCUUUUGUGUUGCAAAUAAACAGUUCAUGAAUGGGAUUCGAGACCUGGCACAGUAUUCUAGCAAUGAUGCUGUAGUUGAGACAAGUUUGACCAAAUUUUCUGACAGUCUUCAAGAAAUGAUAAAUUUUCACACAAUCCUAUUUGACCAAACUCAGAGAUCGAUUAAGGCACAGCUUCAGAACUUUGUCAAAGAAGAUCUUAGAAAAUUCAAAGAUGCCAAGAAGCAGUUUGAAAAAGUCAGUGAAGAAAAAGAAAACGCAUUAGUAAAAAAUGCCCAAGUACAGAGAAACAAACAGCAUGAAGUUGAAGAAGCCACAAACAUUCUGACAGCAACAAGAAAAUGUUUUCGACAUAUAGCCCUAGAUUACGUACUUCAGAUUAACGUCCUUCAAUCAAAAAGGAGAUCAGAAAUCCUGAAAUCAAUGUUAUCCUUUAUGUAUGCCCAUUUGGCCUUCUUUCAUCAAGGAUAUGAUCUGUUUAGUGAACUUGGGCCCUACAUGAAGGAUCUUGGUGCACAGUUGGAUCGACUGGUUGUGGAUGCAGCAAAGGAGAAAAGAGAAAUGGAGCAAAAACAUUCCACCAUUCAACAAAAGGCUGCAUUACAGGAUUUCUCCAGUGAUGAUUCUAAGCUAGAAUAUAAUGUAGAUGCUGCAAAUGGCAUUGUUAUGGAAGGUUAUCUGUUCAAACGAGCCAGCAAUGCCUUCAAAACUUGGAACAGGAAAAAGCCCGAUCAUAUCAGACGCUGGUUUUCAAUACAGAAUAAUCAGUUGGUUUACCAGAAAAAGUUUAAGGAUAAUCCCACUGUGGUGGUAGAAGAUCUAAGGCUCUGUACAGUGAAACAUUGUGAGGACAUAGAACGACGAUUCUGCUUUGAGGUGGUCUCUCCAACAAAAAGUUGUAUGCUUCAGGCAGAUUCUGAAAAGCUGCGCCAGGCAUGGAUUAAGGCUGUUCAGACCAGUAUUGCUACUGCUUAUAGAGAGAAGGGUGAUGAAUCAGAGAAGCUGGAUAAGAAAUCAUCUCCAUCCACGGGAAGCCUGGAUUCUGGAAAUGAGUCAAAAGAUAAAUUAUUGAAAGGAGAAAGUGCAUUGCAGCGAGUCCAGUGUAUUCCUGGCAAUGCCAGCUGUUGUGACUGUGGUCUGGCAGACCCACGGUGGGCCAGCAUCAACCUGGGCAUCACCCUGUGUAUCGAGUGUUCUGGGAUUCACCGGAGUCUUGGAGUUCAUUUUUCAAAAGUACGAUCUUUAACUUUAGACACCUGGGAGCCUGAACUUUUAAAGCUUAUGUGUGAGUUGGGGAAUGAUGUUAUGAAUAGAGUUUAUGAAGCUAAUGUGGAAAAAAUGGGAAUAAAGAAACCGCAACCAGGACAAAGACAGGAGAAAGAGGCGUAUAUCAGAGCAAAAUACGUGGAGAGAAAAUUUGUGGAUAAAUAUUCUAUAUCAUCAUCACCUCCUGAGCAGGAAAAAAAGAUUGUCUCCAAAAGUUGUGAAGAAAAGAGGCUGAGCAUUUCUAAACUUGGGCCAAGUGAACAAGUUAGAGCAUCUCCCCAAAGUUCAGUGAUUGCUGUAAAUAGCGACGAGGCCAGGAGGGAGUCUCUGUUCUGUCCUGAUGAACUAGAUUCACUCUUCUCCUACUUUGAUACUUCUUCAAAACUACGUAGUAUCAAAAGUAAUGACAGUGGAAUCCAGCAGAGCUCUGAUGAUGGAAGAGAAUCUUUACCUUCCACAGUGUCAGCCAAUAGUUUAUAUGAGCCGGAGACAGAAAGGCAGGAUUCUUCUGUGUUUCUCGACUCUCAACAUCUUAAUCCAGGACUCCAGCUUUAUAGGGCUUCGUAUGAAAAAAAUCUUCCUAAAAUGGCUGAAGCUUUGGCUCAUGGCGCAGAUGUGAACUGGGCUAAUUCUGAGGAAAACAAAGCAACACCACUUAUUCAGGCUGUAUUAGGGGGCUCUUUGGUGACAUGCGAGUUUCUCCUUCAGAAUGGUGCUAAUGUGAACCAGAGAGAUGUGCAAGGGCGGGGACCACUGCACCAUGCCACUGUCUUAGGGCACACAGGGCAGGUAUGUUUAUUCCUAAAACGAGGUGCCAAUCAACAUGCCACUGAUGAAGAAGGGAAGGACCCUUUGAGUAUAGCUGUGGAAGCAGCCAAUGCUGAUAUAGUGACCUUGUUACGUUUAGCGAGAAUGAAUGAAGAGAUGCGGGAAUCAGAAGGACUUUAUGGACAGCCAGGUGAUGAAACUUACCAGGAUAUUUUUCGUGAUUUCUCCCAAAUGGCAUCCAAUAAUCCAGAGAAACUAAAUCGUUUCCAGCAAGAUUCACAGAAAUUUUGA